CGAUGCUCUUCCAUCAGGCUCGGCGGUCUUGACAGCUCAAGUGUGCCAAUUCUGUAUUGAUCGUCUUCGACACCAGAUAGCCGAACCACUUGUCGAACUCUACUGGAGCCGGUGAUCAUGGCUCCAUCGCCGAACUCUCAGUAAGCUGGCUGAGGUUUGUUGCGAAGAGUGCACAGGGCUGUCUCUCGCUGCUAGCAGUGACCAAGUCGGCCAAGAUUCGCCCCUAUCCCCAAGUCUCUUCCCAUCCGCUCCCUCCGAAAAUAUGAUAGCGCGUCCUGGCGACUUGAGGAUUCCACGUUGAACUGUCAAUUUAUUUGUUCCUUAUCAACAGCAUAUCCCCAAGGUCAAGUUCAUCAAUCCCGCCCUCCAUACUCUGGAGUACAUCCUCGGCUGAGCCGCGAGUACCCACAUGUGACGGAUUGGCCCGAACAUGCACAGUUCCGUUAUGACACUCCGUCAAUCGGCGUCAAUGGAGAUACAGGAAGCGGUGACCACCAAUCACGGUAACAGCAACUGGAUAAAAGGUUUUGAGAUCAAGAAUAUACCAAGCCACAAGCUUGGUGCGAGGCAAUCCCUUCCGAAAGCAAACAGUCGAGUCAGUAGCCAGCACGUCAGAAUGGGGUCCGACCGUCCUAGUCCUCGAAUUCGGAAUCCGAAAGACUUCCUUUCCAAGUCAAGUGCCUUUUGUGCUUGAAGUCCCCACUCCCCGCAUCUCAGUCCACCGGCUCAUGAACGAUCAUGGACGAUCUAUGCAGCUGCCAAUGGAAUCGACAUCUUGCCCUCGCUUAGAGAACGCUAUGAGCCGUGAUUCUCGAGGUUUCGUACUCAUAUCCCGCUCAUGACACCUCGUCAAUUGGACAUAUGUCGUACUGUCAUUGCGGAUCCCUCUCCUCGAAGCACCUCAUUUACACAGGAGGGAUUGUGCCUGCUCAUGUUUUCCUCGCCACGAUACUGACAAACCAACGGGGAUCAUCGGACUCACUGGCAGGGAUAACGGCAUUCUAGAGACUAGUAGUGCCUGCCGAUCACAAAGCCAGAUUAGCUUUCUUCAAGAUGCGCGGACGAAUGGCAUUUCAGCCAUCACGCCCCCAGAACACCCUUCUUUGACUGGCCCACAGUUCAUGGAAUGUUACCCCGGAACAGCCUCUACUCAUCUGUGUCGCCCCUGUGAUUCCGAGGCUCUACAUCAGGAGGCGAGGGGUCCUUCCAGUGUGAAUGGGUCCGUUUGUGACUGGCUUUCCAGGCAACAAGCCACGAAAUCUCUCCCUACAUGCUCUCAAGAUAGAUUCGGAGGCCCACUAAACGUCGUAAGCGAACGCCGAUCAGUUCUAUCAAUGACUCGCCUGGUCGAGUCUGCUCAGUGGAUGACAGGCCGCCGUGCUCGACAAUCUCCACGCUUCCGUAUUUACGCAGAACAACCGAAGCGAAUUCUGCUUAACAAAUCCAGCCGAAUGACGGGCUGUUCCAAGAUGUAGACAAGCAACCCCUGAAGGCGUGGGUGGCGACGCCGUGUUCUCCGCAAUUUUGACCCAUGGUUCCUCUAUAUAAUGAGCGUGGCCGCUCGCCGAGUAUAAGUCCGCAGCCCCUUAGGCAGGCAUCUCCUGAACAUUUCUACCUCCUUCCAGUCUUAUCUCGUCAUGGGACGGCAUUCAGAAUGGCGCGUAGUCGCUAUGGCGCUUGCUUUGGCUGCCAUUCCCCUGGUUGCUGCAGAUAUCUGUUCUACACUCGAGUCACAGGGUGUGGAAAUUGAACGGCCAUUUGCGCUUGACUAUACCCUGGAAAUGAAGAACUAUUGGUCCGUUGCAUGUGGUGACCUACGACCUACAUGCAUUGCCUAUCCCUCAAGCGCCCUCGAGAUGUCGGCUAUCGUCAAGGAGCUUCACAACACGGAUGAUCUCUUUGCUGUCAAAUCCGGGGGCCACAUGCCCAACAAUGGCUUUGCCAGCAUUCAAGAUGGCCUCCUCAUCUCUACAAGGAGGCUUGACCAGGUGAUCUAUGAUCCGGAUGACCAGACGGCGCUCGUCGGUCCUGGGUUGGAUUGGGAGGAGGCGCAAAAGGCUCUGGAUAAUGUGAACAGUGGACGCACUAUCGUUGGUGGCCGAUUAGGUGGUGUAGGGGUCGGAGGGUAUAUGCUCGGAGGUGGCUUGAGCUUUCUCAGUUCCCAGUAUGGCUGGGCAGCGAACAACGUUGUCGAGUUCGAGGUCGUCCUGGCAAAUGGUAGUGUUGUCAAUGUCAAUGCUCAGCAACAUUCCAAUCUCUUUGCUGCUCUCAAGGGAGGUGGAAACAACUUUGGCAUCGUGACUUCGUAUAAGCUCGAGACACACCCAAUUUCAAAGGUUUGGGGAGGAAACUACGUCUUCACUGCAGACAAAACACAAGAAGUCCUGCAAGCCGUCCGCGACUUUACCGAGUACUAUCCCGACGAUAAGGCCGCAGUCAUCGUGACAGCUGAACAUGCGUUGGUGCUCAAUACCUGGAUCAUGUUUCUAUUUUACGAUGGACCUGAGCCACCCGAGGGUGUGUUUGACAACUUUACUGCCCUCCAUCCGAUUGAGACCACAAAGACAUGGGAUACGUAUUAUGAUUUGCUCAAAAACAACGACUUCUUUAUCCUUCAGGGCCAACGUUAUACGAUUGCCACCGAAACGACACCUCUUCCCUCAAAGGAAGUCGGCGCAGACGUGAUGCAGAGCUACUACGACCAUUGGUUCAACAUUACCAACACAGUGCUCGAGGUUCCCAACGUCAUCGGAUCGCUAGCGCUGCAACCAAUGCCCCGUGCCAUUACGAGCAAAGCCAAAGCCAAGGGAGGAGAUCUACUCGACUUCCCCGAAGACCAAGACUACAUCAUCAUCGAGCUCGACUUUUCGUACGCCUUUUCCGCCAGCGACAACAAGAUCGACAACGCCAACAAGAAUUUGUAUCGCGGAUUCGACAAUUUGAUUUCCGAGUACAUCGAGCAGGGCGUCCUACCAGAUGUAUACCGGCCGCUCUUUAUGAAUGACGCGUACUACCCGCAGGACUACUGGGGACGAAUCAGCCCAGCCUCGCGAGAGCUCGCCCUUGAGGCGCGCAAGGCGUACGACCCGGAGAAGUUCUUCCAGACGCGCACCAGCGGCGGCUUCAGACUUGGAUAGACGAAUCAUAUAACCGACCGUAUAUAGCUUUGACACCUAUAGUCGCGAUCAGACAUUUACAAUUAUAGCCCUUCGCUCCCAAGCCCCGUCCUAGAGUAAAUAAACCGCAAACCGCCGUACU